AUGACAGCUAAAAUAUUAAUUAUAUAAAAUACUCCGAAGUAGGAUAACAUUUUCGAUGUUUGCCCUAACUAGAUCUUCCUCCCUGCAGCAUAAACUCAAAUACAUACUCUCAUGGAUCUGAUUCACAAGCUCUUAAACGUUGUUCUUCCUAUUUUAACCAUUUUCAUGUUACUAUUUCUUUAUCCCCUGGUCUUACUAUUCAGGUUCUUCAACUACUUCAUUAAAUUCGCUUUCCCUGAAGAACUCGCCGGAAAAGUAGCCCUGAUCACCGGAGCUUCUUCUGGUAUUGGCGAGUAUUUGGCGUAUGAAUAUGCAAAAAGAGGAGCGCGUUUAGCAUUGGUUGCAAGAAGAAAGGAGCAGCUGGAGGUGGUUGCGGAGAGGGCGAGGGAGUUGGGGUCGCCGGAAGUUAUCGUGAUUUCCGCCGACGUUUCGAAGGUCGACGACUGUAAGCGGUUUGUCGACGAAACCAUCCACCAUUUUGGUACCUUGAAUCACUUGGUGAACAAUGCGGGAGUAUGCUACAUUCAGGAGGAUCAGGAUCAAAGAUGUUCUUUGGAAUUGGAUUAUGUUUCACUCAUGGACAUAAACUUUUGGGGUUCCGUGUAUGCAACCCAAUUCGCAGUUCCACAUUUACGUAAAAGCAAAGGCAAAAUAGUCGUCAUUUCUUCUUGUGCCGGAUGGUUUGCCCUUCCAAAACUAGGAAUUUAUUGUGCAAGCAAAGCAGCGAUGAUAAGAUAUUUUGAAACGUUACGUGUCGAGUUUGGUUCAGAUAUUGGGAUAACAAUUGUCACCCCUGGAGUUGUCAAAUCAGAAAUUACAAGCGACAAAUGGCUUUCGCAGGCAAACCUAUAUUGGGCACCGAUGGUGUCAACAGAAGAUUGUGUCAAGACAGUUUUAGAUAGUAUAAGACGUGGAGAUGAGUAUUUGACGGUGCCAAGAUGGAUGGGGAUUUUCUUUAUGUGGAAAACACUUUGUCCCGAGAUGCUAAAAUGGAUUACCCGCUUUUUAUUCAUCACGUGUUCGAAGUAUUAUCAGGAAAACAAGAAAUCAUGUUUGUCAGACAAAGGUCAUAUUGAAUGAUGUCAUGGUAUGGUAGUAUAUGUUUUUUUGUCUUUUUUUUUUUUUUGUAUGUUUGAUUAAAAAUGGUGACAAAACAAUUUGUCGUGUGUGUGAUGUACUUAUCAAUUAUAAACUAUUUUGAUUUGACUAAACAAUGUAUGUUGUACUUUUCACGUGUUUUGUUUUGUAAGGGGAUUGAAGAAAAAAUAAAAGAAAAUUGCAAAAUUGGUUCA